AUGCGGUCCUCCAGCUGGAGCUGGGCGACAGUCUUCUGUCUCCUAUUCUCCCUCUUUACUCCCGUAUUCAUGGUCAAGGAGCACGACUUCAAGAAGUGCGACCAGUCGGGCUUCUGUAAGCGUAAUCGAGCCUAUGCCGAUGCAGCCACCAGCUCUACCUGGGCAUCCCCAUACAAUGUCUUUGCCGAGUCCGUCGCCUUGAAGGACGGCAAACUCGAGGCCAUCAUCCUCAAGACCAUCGCUGAAGAUGGCGCGACUGUCCGAUUGCCAUUGACCGUUUCGUUCCUCAAGUCGGGCACCGCACGCGUCACCGUCGACGAAGAGAAGCGUAUCAACAAGGACAUUGAGCUCAGGCAUGGCAGCAGUGCCCGCAAAGAGCGCUACAAUGAAGCUGAGAAAUUCGCCAUUGUCGGUGGCUUGGACGUGGAUCCCGAAGCCAAGGUGGCGUUCGAGGACAAGGACCAGAUCACGGUCAAGUUCGGUCCCGAGGGCAAGUUCGAGGCUCACAUCAAGUUCGCACCUUUCGGCAUCGACUUCAAGAGGGACGGUAGCAGCCAGAUAAAAUUCAACGACCGAGGCCUCCUCAACUUGGAGCACUGGCGGCCCAAGACUGACAAGGCGGAGUACCAGAAGGAUUCUGAGGGCGAGAACAAGGAUGAGAACAAGGAUGAGAUCAAGGACGAGAAGCCACAAGGCGAGGACGAGAGCACGUGGUGGGAGGAGACUUUUGGAGGCAACACGGACACCAAGCCCCGUGGCCCUGAGAGCAUCGGUCUUGACAUAUCAUUCGUCGACUACGAGCAUGUCUUUGGUAUUCCAUCGCACGCCGGCCCCUUGUCUCUUAAGGAGACACGCGGUGGUGAUGGUAACUACAACGAGCCCUACCGUUUCUACAACCUGGACGUCUUUGAGUAUAUCCUUGACAGCCCCAUGAGUCUCUACGGAGCCAUCCCCUUCAUGCAGGCUCACCGCAAGGACUCUACCGUUGGUGUCUUCUGGCUCAACGCAGCUGAGACUUGGAUUGACAUCACCAAGGCCAAGUCGUCCAAGAACCCCAUGGCUCUGGGACUGGGCUCAAAGAAGACCACGCAGACCCACUGGAUCUCUGAGAGCGGAAUCCUGGACGUCUUUGUAUUCUUGGGCCCAAGCCCGAAGGACGUCAUCCAGAAGUACGGCGAGUUGACUGGCUUCACCGCCAUGCCGCAAGAAUUCUCUCUCGGUUACCACCAGUGCCGUUGGAACUACAUCUCCGACGACGAUGUCAAGGAUGUCGACCGUAAGAUGGAUAAGUUCCACAUUCCAUACGACGUCAUUUGGCUCGAUAUCGAAUACACCGAGGGUAAGAAGUACUUCACAUGGGACAAGGACAUGUUUAAAGACCCGAUCGGCAUGACCAAAGCGCUCGAUGAGCACGGCCGCAAGCUCGUUGUCAUUAUCGAUCCGCACAUCAAGAACGAGCCAGGAUACCCGGUAGUCGAGGAGCUCAAGUCCAAGGAUCUGGCAGUCAAGACCAAGGAUGGCAGUAUAUUCGAGGGUUGGUGCUGGCCCGGAGCUUCGCACUACAUCGACGCCUUCAACUCCAAGGCUGUUGAGUGGUGGAAGACCCUCUUCCAGUACUCCGCAUUCACUGGCACUGCCGAGAAUGUCUUCAUCUGGAACGACAUGAACGAGCCGUCUGUUUUUAACGGACCAGAGGUCACCAUGCCCAAGGAUAACCUGCAUCACGGCAACUGGGAGCACAGAGACGUGCACAACCUCAACGGCAUGACUUUCCACAACGCCACUCACCAAGCCCUCAUCUCCAGGAAGCCGGGUGAGAAGCGUCGGCCUUUUGUCCUCACCCGAUCCUUUUUUGCGGGCUCGCAGCGUCUCGGCGCCAUGUGGACUGGUGACAACCAGGCUUCCUGGGAGCACCUCGGCGCCGCCACCCCCAUGCUAUUGAGCCAGGGCAUAGCCGGAUUCCCUUUCUCCGGUGCCGAUGUCGGCGGCUUCUUUGGCAACCCUGAAAGCGAACUGAUGGCCCGUUGGUACCAGGCCGGUGCCUUUUACCCCUUCUUCCGUGGCCACGCCCACAUCGACGCCCGUCGCCGUGAGCCGUACCUCAUCGGAGAACCCUACACGUCCAUCAUGACCAAGGCGCUCCGUCUCCGCUACAGCCUGCUUCCCUCGUGGUACACGACCUUCCAGCAGGCCGCAACCCAGGGUACACCCAUCAUCCGGCCCAUGUUCUACACGCACCCGUCCGAUGAGGGUGGUUUCGCUAUCGAUGACCAGUUCUUCGUCGGCGAGACUGGUCUCCUUCACAAGCCCGUGGUCGAAAAGGACAAGAACACGGUGGACAUUUACAUCCCUGACGACGAGGUGUACUACAACUACUUCACCUACGCUGCCAUCGCCACGACCAAGGGCAAGCGCACAAUCAUGCCUGCACCUCUGGACACCAUCCCGCUCCUCAUGCGCGGUGGGCACAUCCUUGCUCGCAGGGACAUUCCCCGCCGUUCAAGCGCCCUCAUGCGCUUUGAUCCCUACACUCUUGUGGUCUCGUACCCCAAGUCAGGCGGCAAGGCCGAGGGUUCGCUGUACGUCGACGACGGUGACAGCUUCGACUACGAGACCCAGCAGUAUGUGCAUCGCAAGUUCGUGCUUGAGGACAACACCAUCUCGUCGGCCGACUUUGAGGGCCGUGACGAAGCUGCCCUGCGCAAAAUCAAGCCCGGCGCCUGGAUGAAGGCGUUUGACGCUGUGGUGGUGGACAAGGUUGUGGUCCUGGGAGUGCCAGCCUCCAGGUCUGCAGGUGACAGCAUAUCGGUCACCGUAGAGGGCACUGGUGCUGACGGAAAGGCAGUCAAGAAGACGGUCGAGGCCCAGCUUGUCAAGGAACCGACGCCGUAUGCCAUUGUUCGUGGCGUCGGGGUCCGUGUUUCGGCCGACUGGAAGGUUUCUUUGGCACUCUAA